AUGAAUCACAAAGACGCUUUCAUUUCAGUCAAAAAUUCUAUUUUGUUUCCUUGUUUAUUACCUACAAAUAAAGCAAAUUUCUUAGCAAUUGUGACUAUAACAAUUACCCGGUACCCAUAAGAUGAAUUCAAUACUAUUCGAGGAAUCAAGCCGUGAUUAUUUAGCGUUGCACACUGCGGAAAAUUUAAAGAAGUUAUACACGAACACUGUGAAUACUACAGCGUUGGUGAAGGAGUUGUUGGAGGUUAACCUGUCGCUGACUGCGUACAUUGAGGAGAGCAAGGCUCGUCUCGAGGAGCUGCGUCUAAACCUCGGCCACGCCGCUAAGAGCUCGCAGGAAGUCGUCGAAAUAUUCACUGAGAAGUAAUUAACCAAAUCAUGUCCACAUCGCCAGCAACGCCAAUCAAGUACAAUCUCAAAAAAAGAAACAUGGCCACUCUUACUAGCCUCAAAUCUUUUGUUGAAGAUAACAACAACACCUCCAAAUCAAUCAGUAGAUUACAAGCCCGAACCUUUGUGUCCUGGUAUAAACGCAUGAUAGACUAUGAAAGACAGAAUUUUGCGCUAUAUUUGUCAGAUGAAGUUGUAUUAGAGUGGUUUGGUAAAACAAUCAGAAAGCGGAAGAAGGUUGCAUCUUUCCUAAAGUAUGACAUGCAGAGUUCAAAACAUGAUCUUACAACUGUUGAGAGUAUAGAGAGGAUAAGUGUGAGGGAAGAUCAUAACCCAAGAAAGUUGGAAUUUGAUGUUGAUGAGAAAUUGGCAAGCCCCCUUCACUCACCUGAAAUUAUCAAAACAAGAUAUGAUAGAAUGCCCCCAAUUAAAAAUAGGAAGAGACCUGGACUGCGAUCCAGUGGUAAUAGUCCAGAAUGGGAUAAAGAUUGCAAGCCAGUAGAUGCUGAUAUAGGGGCUACAAACAGGAAGAAAGCUAAAAGGAACUAUGACAGUAUAAAUCAUAAGCUGGAGAUUGAUGAGCGUGCCAGUGAUAAAAGCAGUACUAUUUUAGACACUUCAGAAUUAACAAGCAAAGGUGAUGGUGCCUUAGUUAGGAAAGCUCAAAGAGUCUGCAUGCUCAUCACACCACCAAACUGUGAGCAGGGCCAAGGAGACUGUCUGCCGUCCACUAGCUCUGACUCUGAGAUGUCCCAUGCAGCGCUGAAUGCUCAGCUGCCAAAGAAGGCUGUAGAAUGCAAUGGUUAUAUAUCAUUCACAAGGACUAGGAACAGUAGGAGUACUGACGCUAUGAAAUGGGAAAGAAAAUGCAAAGUGCAAAUAAGCUAUUCUGAAGACCCACUCAAUGUUGGGGAGUACAUUAUAUGGGCAAUACAUUAUACUGAUGAAAGCAAAUGCAGAAGGAAUCUGUUGGCUGCAUUUGAAGAAGUUGCCAAUGAGGACAUGAAGAAGAUUUAGUAUUACAUUAUGUACAGAUCUACAUAUAAAACAUAUUUUUAUUAUGCUGUUAUAAAGUUAUAUUUUCAUAUAUUUUAUAACAUUUACACUGUAUUGGGAGAUUCAGCUGAUUUCUUUGAUGAAUUUUAUAAAAGCAAUGAGCAGAACCAUUAACAUUCCAGUCUUCCAGCUACUUUGCAUUCAAUGGAGCAUUAUAAAAUGUACUGUAACUGCAGUCAUAGUAUUUUUUCAGAUAUAAUCUCAAUAGAUUUACUUGAAACCCACCAAAUAAGAUAAUUUGUUAUACACUUAUGAUAAGUUGGCUAAGAAUAUUUGGUAAACUAUAUUUUAGUAUUUGUUCAUAUUUCCUAAAUGACUAGGUAAUCUAGGUAUGGUCUUAUAAUAGGUGGCCCUGUAUGUCAUGGUCCGAAUAAAAAAUUGUGAUAGAACUAUAUACUUAUCUACAACAAUAUGUUUCAGUCUUUAGUUGCUUCUUAAUUUCAUGGUAUGAAUGGGCAAAUAUGGAUAACUGACAAUAAUACAUAUUUUCAGCAAAGGCUAUGCACAUCUGUGUGACCCAUUGGUAGGGGAGACAAUAGAUUUUGAUUUCUAAGAAACAAUAUUGUCUGCCAGAGGGCUUAACACACUGAGGGCACACUGUUCAAAUAUGAUUGGAUAUAGUAUUUUAUGAUUAUGAAUUGAUGAAAUAAUCAGCAGAAUAUUACCUACGAGGUACUUACGAAGUACCUCAUGAUUUGUGCUUGUGCAUUCAUUAGGUAAAUAUUAUUUGACUCAAAGUGGAUAAAGCAAAUGUGUGCCAUUAUGUAAAAUUUACAAAUUGCAAAGACCUACUUACGGAAUCUUUAAAUAGGUUAGUUGUUAUGAAUAUGAGAUUUGCCUUUAAUUUUAAGUUUGAAUGCUUGUUUCUGAUUACUUUUAAAGUUUAGUUGUGUAUGACAUAAAUAUUUUUUGUUUCAUUAUUAUGUUAAAGUUAGACUAUGAUACAAUAAAUGAUGUUAAGUAA